AUGGAGAGAGGUGAGAUUCUGUUUCCGCCGCUGCUAUCGAUUUUCACCGCUUGGAUCCGGCUUAUCGGUGGCUACCAUAGCACCGGCGCCGGAUCCCAUCUGUUUCUUUUGUCUUUAGUUUUGUAUAUUAGAUCUCCGGCGAUUCGCGGUGGUCCUCCUUGUGCUCGGUUUUGGCUUAGGUUUGUGAGGAUUUUGCGCUGGGAAGAAGGAGUCUCCGUUUCAGGUAGCUCUCGAUUGGAAGGGGAUGCAGGGCUGGAUCUGUUCGUCGUGACGAGGGUUCUGGGUUUGUCGAUUCUGCUUCUAGUCUCUAAUUCCGGAUUUGCGCUUAUUGCCGUAUCUGGUUUUGGUUUGGUCUUUAUAUUGGUCCUCUUUUUAGGAUUCGGUUAG